AUGACAUUUAUAUCAAACAUCCAAACAUCUUACUGUAGUAAAAUAUAUAUUCACCGAGGGAAAUUUUCAACAGCGUCAAACGUGGCAUCGACAUCAAAUCUCCGAGAGUCUCAGCUGGAAACUAGCGUGCCAUGGAAGAAGAUUCGAUAUGACACUGACAAAGGCUUUGAUUUAAUAAACCACUCAACGAACAAAUAUAUAGAUAGAAAGCGAUUAAAACCGUUUUGCAACUGGAGAACUGUUGCGAUAUUGUCAUUUCUGUCUUUAAUUUUCACUUGCCUUAUUAUACUUUUAUUGUUACUAGAAAGUGAUCAUUCUCGAGAAGCGUGUGAGCAGGCAACUCGAUCUGUUUAUUCAUCGGCUUCUGCAUCAGAUGCACGACGCGAUGUACAUAUGGAUGGUACAAUUUUACGUCCUUUACCUGAAAGUUUUGAAUUAGGUCAGCAAAUUGAUGCGGAUUUGCCACCGGGAAUUAUUGUGUACUCACACUUUUCGGUGCAGCAAGACAGUCAUGUCAUGUUUAAUAUAUCGGUGGAUUCACAAGCUCAACUUGUCAUUUAUGGUCGAAGAACUGCAUUCCCGUCACCGACAACGCACGAUUUCAUGGACAUCAUUCAUGCUGAUUUACUGCUUCCUUCCUUAAAUUCUUCAAGUAGUCGGUCAAAACGUUUCACACCGCUGCUUCGAACAGCAAUUGUGAUACACUAUUUGUUCAGUGGACGAUGGCAUAUAGGAUUACUGAACGAUGUAUCUCAGCCAUUUCCGAUACGUGUGGUUGCGACAGUAAUUGCAGAUCAGAUGGUUAAUGAGGACAUGGAUGAAUGUCGGUAUGAGUGUACAGGUCAUGGUCACUGCAAAGACGGCAAAUGUUUCUGCUUCCCUGGAUAUACGGGCACAUACUGCGAGGAAAAUUCGUGUCCAGUACUGUGCAAUGGAAAUGGUAUAUUUUCGGGAGGUCAGUGUAUAUGCCAUGAAGGUUAUAAAGGGUCCGACUGUGAUCUCUUGAUCCAUUGGUGUGAAGUACCAAAUUGUAAUGCUCAUGGACAAUGUAAUCAGUUAGGAAAGUGUGAGUGUGAUUCAGGCUGGACGGGGGACUUCUGCGAUAAAAAAGAUUGUGUGGAUCCUCAAUGCGGUGGCCAUGGUAUUUGCUACAACGAGAAAUGUUAUUGUGAAGAAGGCUAUGGAGGAGAAAGAUGUGAGCAAUCAUAUUGGAGCAAAAGUUGCGGAGAUUAUGAAACUAAAACCAAGACAAAUUCAAUCGGUGAUUCUGUUUGCGGCAGUCGUGGAAAGUUCAAUUCAGAAUCUGACCGAUGUAUUUGCAUUCCUGGGUUUCAUGGAAAGCGCUGUGAAUUGGAACGGUGUGACGUAGAAUGUCACCAUGGUUCUUGUGGCAAUGGUAUUUGCGUAUGUGAUGAAGGUUGGACAGGUAUGGAUUGCAGCGAGAGACAAUGUUUGCCGGGUUGUGAGUUACAUGGUCACUGCAACAAUGGUACCUGCAUUUGCACCAAAGGCUGGAAUGGAGCAAAUUGCUAUAUUGCUGGUUGUGUUAAUGACUGUAAUGGUAACGGCGCGUGUGAACUGUUUUCCGGCGAAUGGAAAUGUGCUUGUUAUACAUCUUAUUUUGGUGCAAAUUGUUCCCUGCCUGUGGAGUCAAAUUGUGAAGAUGGCAUAGAUAAUGAUAAUGAUGGUUUGAUAGAUUGUGAAGACUCGGAAUGCUGUACUGACAGAAGUUGUUCAUCCAGUCAGAUGUGUGCGACCGUUGUGCAACCGCGAGAUGUGCUUCUGAAAGUUAUACCAGCUCUGAAUGCUAAUUUCUAUCAGCAAAUUAAGUUUUUAAUUCAACAAGAUUCAGUGCAGCGAUACGCAGAUGAACGCCAUUUUAAUCAAAAUUUCGUAUCAGUUGUACGUGGGCGUGUCCUGGCUGAAGACGGCUCUCCGCUUACAGGCGUACGUGUCGCUGAAGCACGUCACCCACCUUUGGGUUUUACGUUAAGUCGUAGUGAGGAUAACGGUGGUGCUUUUGAUCUGGUAGUAAACGGUGGUAAGACUGUAACAUUGCAGUUUAUGAGAAAGCCGUUUGAAAAACUUGAAAAGAACUUUUACAUCCCAUGGAAUGAAAUCGUUUACGUGGGUGACGUGAGAAUGCGUUUAACACCAAUGGUCACGAAUUCAAGUCAAAGACUGGAAAUAGAUGAGAAAUGUCGCAAACAUUUUGUUAGCAACUCUUUGAUCCCUUCUUUAUUUCCGUCGUGGCGUAUAAGCCAAUAUUCUGGAAGACUUACAUCUUCACCUCGCAGUGUCCAGCUACUCGCUGAUUCUGGGAAAGCCUUCGAUUCAAUCCAGAUCCCUGGCACAAAUGAGGUAUACUUAAUAUACGAUAGUUCAUUUGCCGAAGGUUACCGCAGUACUUUGUUAAUUGAAUUACUUCCAAGCGAAGUACCUGAGAAACUGCGUCUAGUCCAUUUGUCUAUCAAUAUCGCUGGAAAUCAUUUCCGAUCCGUUUUUUCGGCUGAACCAAAUUUAAUAUAUACUUACUCGUGGCGACAAACUAAUGUUUAUACGCAAACCAUGAAUGGCUUACUCAAUGCUAAAGUGUCGGUUGGCUAUGAAUAUGAAGGCUGUAAUGAUUCCGUUAAUUGGAUUCAUCGCCUUGUGAAGUUGGAAGGUCAUCGAGCAAACCGAUUCUUAUUGGGAGGCUGGUCAUUAAGCAUUCACCAUCACUACGAUGCCAUUCAUAAUAUCUUGGAAAAGGGCGAUGGGAAUAAAAUAUAUUUAAAUGAACUUGCUCCAUUGUUAACAACAGUGGUUGGAGGUGAACAGCAACGUCCUGUGAACUGUCCUUUUUGUAAUUCACCUGUGGGUGAUGCUAGGCUUUUUCGACCGGAUUCACUGUGCAUUGGAAGUGAUGGUUCUUUAUAUAUUGGGGAUUAUAAUUUGAUCCGUCGUUUAACUCCUGACGGAAUGCUUAUUACUUUAUUAGAGCUGAGUAUAUCGGAUACAGCACAUGCAUAUUAUUUAGCUGUCGACCCUGUCACUGAUUCGCUUUUUAUCUCCUUACCUAUUCGGGUUCAGAUCUGGCAGAUAAACAAGGAAGUUGAUAGCACUACAGAUCUAACAACUAACUAUGUUGUUGUCGUCGGUGACGGAAGUGUCUGUGCCAAUUACGCCAUGGAAUGCGGUGAUGGCGCAAUGGGGGAAUUAUCACAGUUGACCUUUCCUAAAGGCAUCGCUUUUGAUCAACAGGGAAAUUUAUACAUUGCGGACAAUAGACGAAUAAGGGUUGUUGAUCGAGAACGACGUAUAAGCACAAUGAUUGCGGAACGUUCAUAUUCACCGCGUUCUUGCGUCGCAGUUUACGUAGAUUUGUCAAAUAUUACCCUUUUCUGGCCGACUGCACUUGCUGUGGAUACAAUGAACAAUGUAUUAUAUAUAUUAGAUACCACAGCAAUAUACCGUGUUUCGUUAACAACUGGUACGGCUACGUUGAUAGCAGGAAUAAUUACGGAGUGUGACCAUAUGAAAACGUUAACAGGGGAAACGUUAUCACAACGAUCAUUGGGAGAGGCACGAGCUAUUGCUGCUGCAUCAGAUUCUACUUUAUAUGUUGUUGAAACUAAUAACAAAAAGAUUAAUCAGAUAAGAGCUAUUUAUCCUGAUAAUCAUUCAAAAGUUAUUGCUGGAAAACCAAGUAAAUGUGAUUGCGAUCGUACAAACUGUCCUUGUGAUGAUGCUCAUGAAACUGUUGCUACUUCAGCUUUUCUUCAUUCUCCUUCAGCUGUGGCGGUUAGUCCAGAUGGAACUGUGUACGUUGCUGAUCAGAAAAUUACUGCAACUUAUGAUGAAUCAAGUCAGCAGUAUCGCAUUUAUAGUCCGCAUACCAACGAAAUUUAUAGCUUCAAUAAAGUCGGUCUUCAUGUGACUACUUUCAAUUUACUCUCCGCAGAAAUCAUAUUCAAUUUUAUAUACGACGUUGACACUCAUCUUGCUCGUUUGACAACUGUAGUUGGUGCUGGUGGACAUGACUUACAUAUCCGUCGAAAAAAUGAUGCUGAAGUUGUUAUCGAGACAUCUUCUGGUCAUCAAACAUUAUUGAAUUUUGAUGUAUUUGAUUCGGCACUGACUAAAAUGACAUUUCCUAAUGGAGAAAGUAUCAAAUUCUCAUAUUUUCCUGGCCUUCUCCUUCACUGUAAAGAAAUAUUCCAUCGAAAUUGGUGCUUUGAAUACGAUAAGUUCGGGCGCGCGAAAUCGUUGUUAAAUCCGGCUGGAAUUUCUCAUUCGGUGCUAAAACGAAGUCUAAAACAUAAUAAAUUAGUAAUUGAUGUGGAAAAGGAUGAACAACCUUUCACAGUUUAUGAAUACUCGGCGAAAAGAUUUACGGAAGAUGGCGCACAAAACAGGCAGGUUACAUUACUUGAUGAAGGAUUAGUAAUUGAUGCAGUUGGGGCACGUACGCAGUUUGAUGGAGUUCCGCAUCCGCUUCUUGAACCACAUGCUGUAGCAAUUUUGAAACGAAAAAUUAGCAUCCCAGAAAGUAUCCAUCCACCUAGACGUGAGCUAAAUUUGCGCUUCGAGUGGCGUGGCUAUAUUCGUCGCAAAGAAUCUGUGCGACGUGAUCCAGAUAAAUUGCGUCGUGUUCAACAGGUCGGAAGGAGACCGAGGAUCAACGGACGAAAUGUAUUUACUGUCGAAUAUGAUCGUGAAAAAAAGCAAGAUACUAUUCGUAAUAGCAUGGAUGAAGAGAUACUUAGCGUUCAUUACAACGAUGCUGGUCAAAUAAUUUCCAUUAUUCCACGAUCUGCGCAAGAUAAAGCCUAUUUAGGUGCCUUGAAAAUAAUGCAUGAUUCUUCCGGUAGAACAAGUCAGUUAAUUUGGACUACUUCUUCAAUCAUUUUCGAAUAUGAUCGACUAAAUCGAAUUAUUUUUACUGCUGCAAUGGCUAAAGGAACCAGUUAUCUGCAACGGAAAUUUGCAUAUCAAAAAGAAAGUCAAAUACUUCCAUCCUCCAUACAAAUGCCCUCGGGAGAAAAAUAUCAUUGGCAUAUAGGUCGAUCAGGUAGCAUCAAAAUGUUAGAAACUCCCUCUGGUGGCAGGAAUCAUUUCAUGCAGCUUGCAAUUCUUGAUCGUGUUUGUCGUCAACGCAACUUUCCUCUUUUGAACGCAUCGUACGUGGCUUGUAUGAAUGAUGAUGAGCAACUGUUGGAUUAUCAAACUCCUGAUGGAUUGCACUUUUUAAGCAUUAAACGCGAUAAAUUUGGAAAAAUUUUGCAGAUUAGCGCAGAUGCAGAAAAUAUUUUUUUAGAAUAUGGACAGAAUUCUGGAACUGAUCAGGUUCAAGAAAUCAGCAGUGAUUUCAUGAGGAGAGUGUAUUAUUGGCAAGGUAUAAUACCUUUAGUCAUUCAAGAAUCACACAUGGCUAUCACUUAUUCAAAUCGUCGUUUCCCAGAGAGCUUGAUAAAGUUCUCAUACGAGUGGGAUGAUAUGUUCAGAUUGACAUCUGUGUCAGUUAUUCUUAAUUCUGUGCCUGUGCAACCACAAAAAUAUCAGUAUGAUUCUCGACAUGGUCGAUUAACGAAGCUAAAUAACUUCGUUUUUUUAUUUGACAUUUACACACGGCGAAUAAUGGACGAUACGAUGAUUUGGGAGAUUUUUCACAAUGAUGCAAAUGAAGAAAUUUUGCGAAAAUUGAUAGUUAACAAAUUAAAAGUCGUGGAGAUGAGUGUAAAUCGCCAUGCUAUUGGUUGGACUGAAUCUGUUGACUGGACUGUUAUGGGAGAGAAACGACCUCUGGAAAAGCGAAUCUUCAACAGUAAUGGACAGUUGAUGCAGUAUACAAUAGAUGAGACAGAAGAUCGCCGUUGGACACUUCACUAUGACUUAGAUGGACGACUCAAAGCAAUCAACAAUGUCAAAAUUUUGUCUUCCGCAGAAAAUAUAAAAAACUCCGAUCAGAUAAAUUAUGCAGUAAACGCGAACGGUUGGAUUCAACGACGAGGUGAGAUGUAUUUUGAUUAUGAUGUUUGGGGUCGAGUACAUCGUGCUUAUCAAGCUGGAGUUAUCAAAGUCGAAUAUGGCUAUGAUGAGCAGUCACGGAUAAUUUGGCGACGUGAUGAUAGCGAGCAGUUUCAGCGUUUCUUUUACGCACUUCCUGAUCGACCGCAUCUUUUAACACACUUUAUUUCAGCGGACGAACAGAUGAUAUCUACUAUUUUGUACGAUGAUGAAGAUAUUCCAUUCACACUGCAUAGAAAUGGCGAGUAUUAUGCAAUAUUUGUGGAUAUCGAUGGAUCUGUGCGCUUUAUUUUUGCAUCUGAUGGUGUUUUGGCGAAAGAAAUUGUUCGUGAUCCACUUGGAAGAACAGUUAUGAGCACCAAUGAUUCAUUUUAUUUUCCUCUUGGUUAUCGACAUCAUUUCGAUGAUCCCAUUACUGGAAUUGUCAUAUUUAGUGAAGAAGCACGGCCUUAUGAUACUUUCAUUGGCCGUUUUAUGUCUGUUUCUAUUUCAUACGUCACUUCUGAAGUGGACAUUUUUGCUCCUGAAUAUGAAAGUGACCCUUUUCGAACAAUACCAACGCGGGCGAAUUCAAUGCGGCAUUUCCCUCUCGAAUUGGAAAGAUGGAUGGAAAUGAGUGGAUUUUCGCUAGCUCAUACGCUUCCUUCCUUCCAUGAUUCCAUUCAGAAUCACUGUUUACAAACGUUACUUCAGUUACCGGACAGCCUUUGUAUGAUCAACUCCAAUCAUAUUUUCUCUUCGUCGUUUUGUUCCUUGAUUAAUAAAGUAAAGCAUUUCAAGCAGUUUCUAACUGCUACUCCGCCGAUGCUUCUACCUACAUCUCAUCUACCAUAUUUCGUCCUUUUCGACAGACUGUCAUACAGUUUCACUGACUCAGUUGGCUUUAAAGGGCUUAUAUUCAAGAAGCGUCAAGCUCAUAAAUAUGAUGUGAUCGGACAUUCAUCGGAGGAUGAUGAAAAGUUAAGUGCUCUAAAGAGUUUACUUAAUGAAAGUUCAUUUCUCGAUCUUGUAGAAAUAAAUCGGUCCGGACAUGCGCAGACUCAUUUUGUGACCACUCUCUCUUUGGAUGAAAUCCCUAUUAAAAAACUAGAAGGGCUUUUUAAUGUUUCGAGUGUGGACCAACGCACAGUGCUACAAGCGGGUAAUACUCAGUUCAUAUUCCACCACAGUGAUGACAUGGUGAAUAUAAAAUCUGAGUUAUCAUGGCAACAAAAGCAACAAAUUGAAAAGCUUGUUUGGAAUGAUGAAGCAGAGCAUUCACGUUAUUUUCUUUCCACACGGCAUAUUUGGACUGAAUCUGAACUAUCACAACUGAGGUCGGAAGGUCACGUACAGGAAUACGAACUGAAAUUUCGCCCUGGUCGCUCAAUACCAAUCCGUGCUAAUACUUAUUUAUGGGUAUUCCAUAGGAAAUCUGCCUGA